AUGCCCGUCAAAUAUCCCAAAGCGCCAUUUGAACCUCGUAGGUAUCUGGAGACUUUUGAAGGGAAGAAUGGAGAGGUAGAAACGGAAAUAAAAUUUCUGUCUCUGGGUUCUGAUGACUGGGAUAGGCGUGUGAUAGUUCGCAGGAGAGAACUGGUCCCUGAAGAGGAAGCAAAGCUGCCAUGGCAUAAACCACCUUUAGAAAUGUACAGACGAGUCACAGAAGCUAUACAUGGUUUAGAUAUGAUAAAGGCAAGUGAUAUAAUCUAUGGUGUAAAUUUUCAGGAAGGUGACAAAAUUCUAGUCUGUUUAUCUGGCGGAAAAGAUUCGCUCUCUCUAUUGCAUAUUCUCCAUUUUUAUCAAAUGAGAUGUCGGAGAAAUAAGAGCACUAAUUUCGAACUUGGUGCGAUUACUGUGGAUCCUGGAUCAUCAGCGUAUAAUCCACGUCCAAUGAUUGAAUAUUGUCGUUCAUUGAAUAUUGAUUAUUUUUAUGAGGAGCAGGAUAUAAUUGGGCAUGCUAGAAAGAUAGAGAAUUUGCGCUCCAUAUGCGCUUACUGUAGCAGAAUGAAAAGAGGAAGAUUAGCUGCUGCAGCUCAUCUUCACGGAUGGAACGUACUAGCCAUGGGUCAACAUCUCGAUGACAUAGUGGAAAGGUGAGU